AUGGCAACAGAAGGGGACGGGCAAACCUCUCCGGGGAGCGAGUUGCAAAGUCUUGGUGCCACCACUGAGAAGGCCCUGUGCCUGGGUUGCUACCCGCCAAGCCUUGGAAGACGCUUCGAACAUCAGCAACCAGCUUGCUUCCUCCUCCUUCUUUCUUCUGGGGCUUCUGGGCUGGAGAACGAGCAGGUCUGGAUCUCCAUCCCCUUCGGCAUCAUCUACCUCCUGGCUCUCUUGGGCAACGCCACCCUGCUGUGGGUCAUCUGGACCGAAUCCAGCCUGCACAAGCCCAUGUACCUCUUCCUUUCCAUGCUGGCUUUGACAGACAUGGCCGUGCCCACUUGCAUCCUCCCCAAGAUGCUCAGCAUCUUCUGGAUGGGUGCCCAAGAAAUCACCUUUGCCGCCUGCCUGGUGCAGAUGUUCAUGGUCCACGCACUUUGUGCGGUCGAGUCCGGGACGCUCACUGCCAUGGCUUACGACCGAUACGUGGCCAUCUGCUCCCCGCUCAGCUACACUUCGCUGCUGACUGCCAACACUGUAGCUAAGUUGGGGGCUGCCAUCGCUGUCCGGGCCUUGAUCAUUGUCUUGCCUUUCCCUUUCCUAGUGAAGAGGCUGCAGUUUUGUCACUCCCACCUCAUCUCCCACUCCUACUGUGAACACAUGGCCGUGGUGAAAUUGGCGUGCGGGGAUACCACACCCAACAACCUCUACGGGCUGGUUCUCUCCCUUGUCAUCGUUGGGUUUGACUUGGGCUUCAUCUUCGUCUCCUACGGGCUGAUUCUGCACGCUGUAUUCCAGUUGCCCUCCGUGGAAGCCCGGCACAAAGCUCUGGGCACCUGCGGGGCCCACGUGGGCGUCAUUGUGAUUCUCUACACACCUGGCCUUUUUUCCUUCCUCUCCCACCGCUUUGGCCACAACGUCCCCCACCAUGUUCACAUCUUCCUUGCCAACAUCUAUCUGGUGGUCCCAGCCAUGCUCAACCCCAUUGUCUAUGGUGCCAAAACCAAGGAGAUCCGUGAUCGAGUGCUAAUCGCCUUGCACCUGGGGAAGAGUAUCUCCUAG